CCUUUCAGCCAGGAAACAAGACAGCAAUUCACAGCAGCAGCUGCAGCAGUGUCCUCUGACCUGUGCCUGCUCCCACCCUGCCCAUCAAGAUGGGAGCCAAGCACGGCUUUGCCAGGUUUUUCCAGGAUGGGUCCUUCUUCCUCCACCUGGGUCGGAAAUACCAGUCUCUGGGCAGCAAGGAGACAGGAGAGCAGUCAGAAGAUGAAUCUGAACUGAAGUUGGUUGAACAAGAGAAAGAAAUUGAGGCAAUCCCGGCCAAAACAGCUUGCGAAUGUCAGGUAGAGGAGCUGGCAAAAACUUUGCAGGUUGACUUACACAAAGGGCUUUCAGAAUUCUCAGUGCUGCAACGCAGAAUCAAGCAUGGCUGGAAUGAACUUGUAGCAGACAAUACAGAACCAGUGUGGAGGAAAUAUCUUGACCAGUUUAAGAACCCUCUGAUCCUUUUGCUACUGGCUUCUGCGCUGGUUAGUGUGAUUACUAAAGAGUACGAAGAUGCCGUGAGUAUUGCAAUGGCUGUCGUUAUUGUUGUCACAGUAGCUUUUGUCCAGGAGUAUCGUUCUGAAAAAUCGCUGGAAGAACUUAACAAGUUAGUUCCACCAGAGUGCAACUGCCUGAGAGAAGGAAAAGUACACCACCUUCUUGCUCGGGAACUUGUGCCAGGAGAUGUUGUCUGCCUUUCCAUAGGAGAUCGCAUCCCUGCAGACAUAAGACUCACAGAGGUUAUAGAUCUCUUGGUGGAUGAGUCCAGCUUGACUGGAGAAGUGGAACCCUGUAGUAAGAACGAUGGCAUUUCAGCCCAUCCUGGAGAUGUGAUGACCCCUGCCAACGUGGCUUUCAUGGGAACUCUUGUGCGAUAUGGCAAGGCUAAAGGGAUUGUUAUUGGAACUGGUGAAAACUCACAGUUUGGGGAAGUGUUCAAAAUGAUGCAAGAGGAAGAGACUCCGAAGACACCUUUGCAGAGAAACAUGGAUAAAUUGGGAAAACAGCUUACUGUUGCUUCGUUUGGGAUCAUUGGUUUACUCAUGCUGAUUGGCUGGCUGCAAGGGAAACACCUCCUUGACAUGUUCACCAUUGGGGUGAGCUUGGCGGUGGCUGCCAUCCCGGAAGGCCUGCCCAUCGUCGUCACUGUAACGCUAGUAUUGGGUGUCUUGAGAAUGGCCAAGGAACAAGUCAUCGUGAAGAAGCUGCCUAUAGUGGAAACUCUGGGCUGUUGCAAUGUGAUCUGCUCCGAUAAAACUGGGACCCUGACCACCAACGAGAUGACCGUCACUCAACUUGUGACCUCUGAUGGAUUUAAGGCAGAGGUGACCGGAGUUGGAUACAACGGAGAAGGAAAUGUGUGCCUUUUACCAUCUAAAGAAGUCAUCAAAGGAUUUUCAAAUAUCUCAGUGGGAAAACUUGUGGAGGCUGGCUGUGUGGCCAAUAACGCAAUUAUCAGGAAGGCAGCAGUGAUGGGACAGCCAACUGAAGGAGCACUCAUCGCCUUGGCUAUGAAGAUGGACCUGAGUGACAUAAACAAUACUUACGUGCGGACAAAAGAGAUUCCAUUUAGCUCAGAGCAAAAAUGGAUGGCAGUGAAAUGUGCUCUGAAAAAUCAGGAUCAGGAAGACCUCUACUUCAUGAAAGGGGCCUUUAGAGAAGUGAUGCAACACUGCACCAUGUUCAACAACGGAGGGAUUGCUCUACCAUUGACCCCCCAACAGAAAGCUUCCUACGCUCAAGAAGAAAAGUGCAUGGGUUCAAUCGGCUUGCGAGUGCUUGCCCUGGCUUCUGGUCCAGAACUUGGCAGAUUAACAUUUCUGGGUCUAGUUGGAAUCAUUGAUCCCCCACGACAAGGCAUCAAAGAAGCAGUUAAAGUUCUCGUUGACUCGGGCGUAGCUGUGAAAAUGAUAACUGGAGAUGCCUUUGAAACAGCCUUGGCCAUUGGGCAGAAUAUUGGUCUUUGUAAUGGGACAAUGAAUGCAAUGUCUGGGAAAGAACUGGAAAACAUCAAUGAGUCAGUGCUGUCUUCAAGAGUCAAAAACGUUUCCAUCUUCUUCCGAACAAGCCCCAAACACAAACUUAAAAUAAUAAAGGCUUUGCAAAAGUCUGGUGCCAUCGUGGGAAUGACGGGGGAUGGAGUGAAUGAUGCCGUGGCUCUGAAGUCUGCUGAUAUUGGGAUUGCGAUGGGACGGGCAGGCACAGAUGUUAGCAAAGAGGCUGCAAAUAUGAUUCUUGUGGAUGACAAUUUCCCAGCAAUCAUGCAUGCAAUAGAAGAAGGAAAGGGCAUAUUUUACAACAUUAAAAACUUUGUUCGAUUUCAACUCAGCACGAGCAUCUCAGCUCUAAGUUUAAUAGCUCUGUCCACAAUAUUCAAUCUGCCAAAUCCACUCAAUGCUAUGCAGAUCUUAUGGAUCAAUAUUAUCAUGGAUGGCCCUCCAGCUCAAAGUUUGGGUGUUGAACCAGUAGACAAAGAUGCUAUCAAACAGCCUCCAAGGAACACCACAGAUACAAUUCUCAGCAAGUCCCUGAUUCUAAAAAUUAUUCUUUCGGCGGCCGUUAUCAUCAGCGGAACAAUCUAUGUCUUUUGGAAAGAGAUUCCAGAAAGUGGCAUAACUCCCCGGACGACAACAAUGACUUUUACUUGCUUCAUUUUCUUUGACCUCUUCAAUGCCCUGACGUGUCGUUCUCAGACAAAACUGAUACUAGAAAUCGGUCUCUUCCGAAACCGCAUGUUCUGGUAUUCUGUGCUAGGAUCUCUUUUGGGUCAAAUGGCUGUCAUUUACAUUCCUCCUCUGCAGAAGAUUUUCCAGACAGAGAAUUUAGGAGCGCUGGACCUGCUGUUCCUCACCGCCCUCGCGUCUUCUGUAUUUAUCCUCUCCGAACUGGUCAAAAUGUGCGAGAAAUAUUGUUGUGGGUCAAAGACAGAUCACAAACCAUUGGAAAUGGUCUGAUGGACAGAACAUCCCUUGCCCUCCAAUUGGCUUGAAGGAAACUGCCGGAUUCUGGAAGUCCUCUGGCCUACUUGAGUCUCUUCUGCAUCUUUGAACGUCCCCAAAGCAACUCUGUCACAGACUAUCUGUUUCUUGAUCGCUAGCCAUCCAGUCCUGUAAAGUUGAACGGAUGUGUGGAUUCCAUUUCCUCCUCUGACAAUACAGUCUUUCAGAACAAUGGUGGGAUUAUCCACCUUUAUUUAUUUAAGAUCUAAUAAAAACUUUUGUUAAUAAAGUCUGCCUUUGUGUCUUCUAGAGGGUCAAUGCGGUGUUGUGAUUUAGGUGUUCAACUGGGAUUGAAAAGCCAGUGGCUGGAUUCACACACAGUUCUAAACCUUAGUGUGGUUCCCUUGAUUUGGACAGUGAUGCAGGACCCCAGCCAUUAUGGCUUAUAAAUUAUGGUUUAUAGCUUA